GCCGGUGCGCCCUGCACUGGGCCAGGUUCCUGACCCGGUGGGGCGCGGUUGGCCAACCAAGGAAGGCUUGCUUCCUUCUGCCAAGGAGCCUUUCGGGGUCCUUUCGGUGCAGACUUAAGUUGCUUGUGGAAUUUCCUGGUUUCCUGAUGUAUGCCUUAGAAGACAGAUCUGUGUACAGGCUGAUGAAGAGAAUCUGUUACUUAGAAAAUGCCUUUUACAAGAAUGCUAUGAAGUAAGACGGUGCUAACAGUGUCCUGUGAUUCCUGCCACCUAAGAAAUAUUUCUCCCCAGCAGUCCCUGCCUGGCAUCAGCCCAGAUGCCUGACAUUGGCACGGUUUCCAUGUGAGCCAGAGCCCUGCACCAAGAGCAGAGCAGCCUGCCAGUUAUAUGAGUCUUCUCUUCCACUCACUCCAUUGGAAACCUCUUCUGGGCCUCUUUCAGAGACGAACUCACACUUGGAAGCUGGAAAAGCAGUUUACCCGACCCAGAAGACUGGGCUGUUUUGGGUUUUCCAGAUGUAUUAUCUUGUCUACAUACUUGAAACUCCCAUGAUUCACCUGAGGUGCAGAAUUGUACAGCUAUGUAGUCGAUGCAGAUAGGUGCAGAGCUGUGGGCUGUGGCCCCAUACAACUUUCCUGCCAUCGCAGAACUGAACUGAUGUCUCCUCCGCUAAAGCCAGGACAAAGCACCGAGUCAAGCCAUGCACAUCCUUCUUAUCAGUGGACUCUGCUGUGGAUUGUGACGCGGCCUGGUCUCUCUGCCAUCGAAGGGCAGCGCACUGUGCAGCCCAGAGUCUGAUGGCUGUGUGGACCAAAGUGAGCGAAGGCUGCGAUGACUGACCCUGGGGAAGAGAAAGCGUGCAGGAUGGCUCAGACGAGCUUGCUGCAGGGGAAGCCCUUCUAUUGUCGUGAGUGGGUUUUCCACCGGCUGCAGCACUGCCUCCAAGAGAAGACCAGCUGCUGCCAUGGUGCUGGCAACACCCCAGCCUCACCCGGGAAUUCCGGGAAUAAUGCUGGGGCUGCCCCUGCCAAGGGAGGCACCUGGGGUGUGCUUCUGGUCGGAGGGCCCGGCAGUGGCAAGACAGCCCUGUGCACGGAGCUACUGUGGCCCAGCUCGCCUAGUAGCACACAGCGAGGCCUGCACCGCCAGGCUCUGGCUUUCCACUUCUGCAAGGCCCAGGACACAGAGACUUUGUGUGUGGGAGGCUUCAUUCGUGGCCUGGUGGCUCAAAUCUGCCGCAGUGGCCUGCUGCCAGGGUAUGAGGACAAACUAAGGGACCCAGCAGUGCAGAGUCUGCUGCAGCCUGGAGAGUGUGAGAGAAACCCCGCCGAAGCCUUUAAAAGGUGCGUUCUGCUGCCGCUCCUGGGCAUAAAACCCCCACCACAGAGCCUAUUUGUGCUGGUGGACUCAGUGGAUGAGGGCUGCGGUGUGGCCGAGGGUGAUCACGUGGCAACCAGCUUCUCUGGAACCAUUGCUGAGCUGCUCGCCUCCCACCAUGACUUCUUCCCCCCAUGGCUGCUGCUACUCUGCUCAGCCCGCAAGCAGAGCAAGGCUGUGACCAAGCUGUUCCCUGGUUUCCGGAAAAUCAGCCUUGAUGACCUCCGGAAAGCUUACAUUGUGAAGGACGUGCAGCAGUACAUUCUGCACCGCCUGGACCAAGAGGAGGCUCUGCGCCAGCACCUCACCAAGGAGACUGCAGAGAUGCUUAACCAGCUGCACAUUAAGAGCAGUGGCUGCUUCCUCUACCUGGAGCAGGUUCUGGAUGGGGUCGUGGAGAGCUUCAUCAUGCUCAGAGAAAUCCGAGACAUCCCAGGCACGCUCAAUGGACUUUAUCUCUGGCUGUGCCAAAGACUCUUCGUGAGAAAACAGUUUGCAAAGGUCCAGCCCAUUUUGAAUGUGAUUCUGGCAGCUUGUCGACCUUUGACUGUGAUGGAAUUGUACCAUGCAGUAUGGACCAAAAAUAUGUCCCUCACUUUGGAAGACUUCCAACGCAAGCUAGAUGUCCUCUCCAAGCUUCUGGUUGAUGGCCUUGGCAGCACGAAGAUCCUGUUUCACUAUAGCUUUGCUGAGUGGCUGCUGGACGUGAAACACUGCACCCAGAAGUACCUGUGCAAUGCUGCAGAGGGGCACCGCAUGCUGGCCAUGAGCUACACCUGCCAAGCCCGGCACCUCUCAGCUGCACAAGCUCAGGAGUUUGCCCUGCACUUGGUCAACUCCAACCUGCAGCUGGAGCCUGCUGAGCUGGCGCUCUGGAUGAUCUGGAAUGGCACACCGGUCCAUGAUGCCCUCUGUACCCUAAUCCCCAAAGAGCAGGAGGUCCUGCAGCUGCUAGUGAAGGCUGGUGCGCACGUCAGCAGCGGGGACGAGCGUGCAGCCGGCAUUGUACGGCAGGCCCUGGAGAGGGAGGACUCUAUCCGGACCUUGUUGGACAAUGGCGCAUCUGUCAACCAGCGCGACUCCAACGGGAGGGCACUACUAGCCAAUGCUGCCUAUAGCGGCAGCUUGGAUGUCGUCAACCUCCUGAUCUCGCGGGGCGCUGACCUGGAGGUAGAAGAUACUCAUGGGCACACACCACUGACACUGGCUGCGAGGCAGGGACACACCAAGGUAGUGAACUGUUUGAUCGGGUGCGGCGCCAACAUUAACCACACUGACCAGGAUGGCUGGACGGCACUGCGGUCCGCUGCCUGGGGUGGCCACACUGAGGUUGUCUCCGCCUUGCUCUACGCUGGUGUCAAAGUGGACUGCGCAGAUGCUGACAGCCGCACCGCUCUGAGAGCGGCGGCCUGGGGAGGCCAUGAGGACAUCGUGCUGAACCUGCUGCAGCACGGUGCGGAGGUUAACAAAGCUGACAAUGAGGGCAGGACGGCACUGAUUGCAGCCGCCUACAUGGGCCACCGCGAGAUCGUGGAGCACCUGCUGGAGCAUGGUGCCGAGGCCAACCAUGAGGAUGUGGACGGCAGGACAGCCCUCUCUGUGGCUGCUCUGUGUGUGCCUGCCAGCAAGGGCCAUGCCUCCGUCGUAAGUCUUCUGAUCGACCGAGGGGCCGAGGUGGACCACUGUGACAAAGAUGGCAUGACUCCACUGCUGGUAGCCGCCUAUGAGGGCCACGUGGAUGUGGUGGACCUGCUACUUGAGGGAGGUGCCGACGUGGAUCACACCGAUCACAAUGGGCGCACACCCCUGCUGGCAGCAGCCUCCAUGGGCCAUGCCUCAGUGGUGAACACCCUGCUGUUCUGGGGCGCCGCUGUGGACAGUAUCGACAGCGAGGGCCGCACGGUACUCAGCAUUGCCUCGGCACAGGGCAACGUGGAGGUGGUGCGCACACUGCUGGACCGGGGGCUAGACGAGAACCACCGUGAUGACGCAGGCUGGACUCCACUGCAUAUGGCAGCGUUCGAGGGCCACAGGCUUAUCUGCGAGGCACUCCUGGAGCAGGGCGCUCGCCCCAAUGAGAUGGACAAUGACGGCCGCAUCCCCUUUAUCCUAGCCGCCCAAGAGGGUCACUAUGAUUGUGUGCAAGUCCUGCUGGAGAGCAAGUCUGCCAUCGACCAUCGGGGCUACGAUGGCCGGAACGCCCUUCGGGUGGCAGCCCUUGAGGGGCACCGCGACAUAGUGGAGCUUCUCCUGAGUCAUGGCUCUGAUGUUGACUAUAAAGACGCUGAUGGCCGGCCUACACUCUACAUACUGGCACUGGAGAACCAGUUGGCAAUGGCUGAGUACUUCCUGGAGAACGGUGCCGAUGCCGAGGCCAGCGAUGCAGAAGGAAGAACCGCACUGCACGUCUCCUGUUGGCAGGGCCACCUGGAUAUGGUGCGGGUGCUCCUGGGCCACCAGGCUGAUGUAAAUGCUGCUGACAGCGAGAAGCGGUCAGCCCUGCAGUCAGCAGCCUGGCAGGGUCACGGAAAGGUGGUACGGCUGCUGCUGGAGCGUGGUGCUGGUGUGGAUCACACCUGCAACCAGGGUGCCACUGCGCUCUGCAUCGCUGCCCAGGAGGGCCAUCUGGAUGUUGUGCAGGUGCUUCUGGAGCGGGGUGCUGACCCCAACCAUGCUGACCAGUUUGGCCGCACGGCCAUGCGUGUGGCAGCCAAAAAUGGCCAUUCGCAGAUCAUGAAGCUCCUAGAGAAGUAUGGUGCUUCAAGUCUCAAUGGCUGCUCCCCCUCACCUGUGCACACCAUGGAGCAAAAGCCGCUCCCGGCAGCCUCAGCCAGGGGCCAAGCACUGACCAGCAAGUCUAGCAGCUCAGGGAGCACUGGUGGAGGUGAUGCCCCACCCUCCCUACGUGGCCUGCCCAGUGGCCCGGCCCAUGCCUUCAGUUCCCCAUCAGAGUCACCUGACUCCACUGUAGAGCGCCACAAGUCUUCACUGUCCAACAACUCGCUUAAGAGCUCACAGAACUCUUCCCUGCGGACCACAUCCUCCACAGCCACAGCACAGACAGUGCCUAUGGACAGCAUGCCCGGCCUGUCCUUUACCGAGCAGAUCCAGCAGCACUCCCUACCACGCUCACGCAGCCGCCAGUCCAUCGUGUCCCCCUCCUCCACCACACAAUCCCUGGGCCCCGGUCACCGCUCCCCCAGCAGUGAAUUUGAGUGGAGCCAAGUCAAGCCCAGCCUGAAAUCCACCAAAAGCAAAGGUGGGAGAGCAGAUGGCACGGGCAAGACAGGCUCGGCAGGCAAAAAGACCAAAGCCAGCCACACAGCACAGCCAAAGGUGCUGGAGUAUGAAAUGACUCCCCUCGAUGCCAGGGGCCUCCCUGCCCAAACUGGGAGUGGGGGCCCCCCAAGAAUGGCUCCCUCUGAGCCUCCUUGCCAGGUGGUCAUCCCACCUAGCCCACAGGAUGUGGGGCGCUCUCAGCAGCAGCUGCUCAUCCAGCAGCAGAGUGGGGAACAGAAGAAGAGAAAUGGCAUUAUGACCAACCCCAACUACCACCUGCAGAGCACUCAAGUGUUCCUGGGACGUGUGUCUGUCCCCCGCACAGUGCCAGACCGGGGACGGCAGGAGGUACCUGAAGGUUUCCCUCCCUCUGACACCGAGCUCAGCCUGAAGCAGGCGCUGAAGCUGCAGCUUGACAGCUCUGACCCCAGUUUCAGCUACAAGAAGGAGACACCUUUGUGAGGUAAUUUUUCGCUCACCCCAUGGAGCAGAGACUUGGAAGGCACUCUUCUCACCACACAUGCAGUCCCUGGACCCCUUCCACUCAGCCAUUUAUACUCCUGUCCACUCACCUGCCUGCGUCCCUUCCACUGU